AUGCAUCUGUGCUGUACUCUAACAAUACAAGAAUCGAGGAUGGCAACCAUUGGCAUUCUUUUCUCGCAAGCUAAGUCCCAGUCAGUGCAAAUACUUACCUUACUUAAAAGGACUACUGCGUUCCAUCCUUCCUGCAAUGGAUUAGUGAAGAGAUUUCACCGCCAUCCGAAAGCCGCUAUCGUAUGCCUCGCCAAAGCGAACUGGACGGACAUACUACCGUUAGUUUUACUUGGCAUACGGUGCGCUUACAAGGAAGAUCUGAAAUCUUCCUCAGCAGAAUUGGUCUAUGGCGAAACGUUGAGACUACCGGGACAAUUUUUUGACAGUCCUACUUUGACACCAACCAACGAUGACUUUAUUGCUCGGUUACGUUUAUUCGCCCAGCCAAUAAAAUCACAACCAGCAUCACGACACGGACAUAAACCAAAUUUUACAUUUAAAGAUCUCAAGACGUGCAUCCACGUUUAUUUGAGAGAUGAUGUAAAACGCAGGUCAUUACAACCUACAUACACAGGACUUCACACCGUGCUGCACAGAGAUGAUAAAACAUUGACACUUCUCAUAAAAGGGAAGUCCAUCAAAGUAACAUUAGACCGAGUGAAACCAGCCUUCUUACUUGAUGAACAACUACCAAAACACCAACCUGAAAAGGAAAUUAUCAUAGAGAGGCGUACCAGAUCAGGUCGCAGAGUACACUUCCCUGACUUUUACCGCCCGUAG